UUGAAUUUGGGAGCAGAAAUCAGUCAACCGUAAACAAGUGUAUUGGUUAUGUACUGUUGUUCGUUGCGUUAUUGGAAGACGUAGGAGGUUGUGGUGGAUGGGUAGUGUAAAAUAUUAAUAAUUUAUGUUGUAACACAAGAAAUGAACAAGGUGGUGAAUGCAGUUUUCGAUAAUUACCCAUAUGGCAAGAUUAAUGAAAUGCACAACGCAACAUGUUUUGUGAGCAUACAAUUUUUAGAAGGAAUGUGGCUUGGACAUUGAACCUUACUGGAACGUAUAUCUGUGUGUAUUUGAGGAUGGAAUCUCGUCUCGUUUGAAUUAUAUCGUCAGUGUGAUUAUGAUUUAAUAAAGAGCAUUGAACGAAGUUCAGCAACGGUUGCCAAGUAAUCAAUUUAGAAUGCCAGAAAUAAAGAUUACGCCCCUAGGAGCUGGUCAGGAUGUUGGAAGAAGUUGUAUUUUACUCUCAUUAGGUGGAAAAAAUAUAAUGCUCGAUUGUGGCAUGCAUAUGGGAUUUAAUGAUGAGCGGAGAUUUCCUGACUUCACUUAUAUUGCUCCAGAGGGACCUCUGACAAGUUACAUUGACUGUGUAAUAAUUUCUCAUUUUCAUUUAGAUCACUGCGGUGCUUUACCAUAUUUCACUGAAAUGGUUGGCUAUACGGGCCCAAUCUAUAUGACUCAUCCAACAAAAGCCAUUGCUCCUAUUCUGUUGGAAGAUAUGCGUAAAGUAGCUGUUGAGCGUAAAGGGGAGAGUAAUUUUUUCACAUCUCAGAACAUUAAGGACUGCAUGAAGAAAGUAGUGGCAGUAACGUUACAUCAGUCAGUCAUGGUAGAUGGGCAGUUGGAGAUAAAGGCUUAUUACGCAGGUCACGUGUUAGGUGCUGCUAUGUUUUGGAUCCGUGUUGGUUCUCAGUCUGUUGUAUAUACUGGAGACUACAACAUGACACCAGAUCGUCAUCUUGGAGCUGCUUGGAUUGACAAAUGUCGCCCAGACCUUCUUAUAAGUGAGUCUACAUAUGCCACCACAAUCAGGGACUCCAAACGCUGCAGGGAGCGAGACUUCUUGAAGAAGAUACAUGAAUGUGUGGAUCGAGGUGGCAAAGUUUUGAUUCCCGUAUUUGCUCUUGGAAGAGCACAAGAAUUGUGCAUUCUACUUGAAACAUAUUGGGAGCGAAUGAACUUGAAAGUGCCUAUCUAUUUUGCUGUUGGUCUUACUGAAAAAGCGAAUAACUAUUACAAAAUGUUCAUUACAUGGACAAAUCAGAAAAUCCGUAAAACAUUUGUUCAGAGAAAUAUGUUCGAUUUCAAGCAUAUUAAACCAUUUGACAAAGCUUAUAUUGAUAACCCAGGGGCAAUGGUUGUAUUUGCCACUCCUGGCAUGCUUCAUGCUGGCCUGUCGCUGCAGAUCUUCAAGAGGUGGGCACCCAAUGAAAAUAACAUGGUGAUUAUGCCUGGAUUCUGUGUUGUGGGAACUGUUGGUCACAAAGUCCUUAAUGGUGCAAAGAAAAUAGAAUUUGAAAACAGACAAAUAGUAGAAGUAAAGAUGUCAGUGCAAUAUAUGUCAUUUUCAGCGCAUGCUGAUGCCAAAGGAAUCAUGCAGCUGAUUCAGUACUGUGAGCCCAAGAAUGUUAUGCUGGUUCACGGAGAAGCAGCCAAGAUGGAGUUUCUAAAAGAGAAGAUAAAGAAAGAAUUUGAUUUAGAAUGUUAUAUGCCUGCCAAUGGUGAAACUUGUGUUGUGAACACUUCUAUGACAAUCCCAGUGGAUGUUUCACUGAAGCUUCUGAAGGCCGAAGCCCAGAAAAAUAACUCUUUACCUCCGGAUCCUAAGCGACCACGUGUAAUGCAUGGUGUGUUGGUUAUGAAAGAUAAUUCCAUGUGUCUGAUGGAUGUUGAUGAUGCUUGCAAAGAAGCUGGAAUUAACAGGCAUCUUGUUAGGUUCACCUCAACAUUAAGAAUGGAAGACCCUGGGCCUGCAAGUAAAACUGCUGAGAAGUUAUUGCAGCUGAUUAAGACACGCCUUAAAGACUGGCAUGUUCAGCUAACAGAAGGAUCAAUUUCAGUGGAAUCUGUGUUGGUGAAAGUGGAAGGCAGCGAGGAGGAACAGAAGAAUGUCUAUGUGUCUUGGGAUAAUCAGGAUGAAGAACUUGGGAGUUAUAUACUUGGCCUGCUGAAAACCAUGGGACAUUAAAACUCAUAGUAGUGAGGUCGUGGUGGCACAUGAGUAAUUUCUGCAUUGGUAAUAAGACAGAACUGGACACAAUCGAGAGAAAACAUUUGGAAGGUCUGCACUCUAGAGAAUGACUUGCUCGUCAUGUCCCCAGAAAGAAGUUCUACAGACAGUGGGAAUGGCUGCUUGAGGCUUCACCUCUCUGCCUACUGUUGUAUUUCUUCCUCAGUCCCCCACUGCCCUCUGUCAUCCAGCUCAUUUCUAGCCAAGAUUUUUGCUACCAACAUUCCUAGUACCAAAAUGGCUAGAUGACAGAGGAGCGGGAAAUGUGUAACACCUGGAAGGAGAUGUGGAGGGGGUAAAUAUAUGGGAUGUUUUAUCUUGCCUCAUAGUCAGUUUUGGUGGUCUUGUACAAACAGCACAAAAUAGCAUGUUACCUGUUCUGUAUUAUGUAAUAUUGCACACACAGCCUGGGUGUGUCUUCACAACAUGGACAGUACUUCAUUCCACUGAUUACUGUUAAGUUAGGGCCUAGUAACAUUUACAUUCAGUGAUGUCUUCUGGGUGUGAUGUGAGCUAGAACAGUUCUGUAGGUCUCUCUCCAAGGAGCAGAAUCCUUGAGAAAGUGACAGUUGGCAACCUUUGAAAAGAUUCCCAGCCUUUAUGGAACCCACUGCUGGAGCCUCUCCAGAACCAGAUGCAUUCAGUUCUCUUCCUGGAACUUCCAUCUCUGUUCGCAGGUUUGCCAAGUACUGUCUUCCAUUCUGGUUUUCAGGUAAAAUACUGAAUGCGUUUCAUUAUUCCACUGUGCUUCAUAUACUACCCAUCUUCCCCUUGAUUUGACAACCCUAAUAAUAUUCAGUGUAGUGUACAAAUUAUGAUUCUUCUUAUGUAAUUUUCUCCAACCUCUCUUAGGUCAGAAUAUAAACCUGUAGUGUAGUAACUACAGAGAGUUUUUUAACAUUGUUGAGUGGUUCAUGGCUCUGCCCUUCAUGGUGGCUGGUGCACUGCCUGCUGUGAAGCACAUACAGAUUUGCCGAUGAAUCAGCAUGCCUGUUGGGCAAUAACAUAUGGAAUCAAGGGAAGUAACUUGUGGACCGCUUGACAACAUCAUAUUUCACGCAAUGCUUCCAUGCACGGCACGCCACUGGUUCCCGCUGUGAUGUAGGAGCGGGCGCCACUGCUGCUAGGGAAACAGGCAACAGAGUAAGAAGCCAGCUGAGGACCGAGUGAGGCACUGUGUGUUAUGCCGAGUGAGAAGACAGUGUGUUGAGAGAAAACAGUGUGUCGACAGAAGCCAACAUGGAGAGAUGGACAGUUCUAUAAUAUAGUGAGAGUUGUUAAUACGAAAGGAGCAACUGUGAAAGGACUUGUUUAACAUUUUGUGUUAUAGUUAUGUUGAAUUGUAGCUACAGUGUUGAGUAAUAAAGUGAUGUCGCAAGAAUACA